AUGUCAGAAAAUAAGGUCAAGAUAACCUAUGAAAAUUCUUAUAUGGGAGACAUCAAGUUGGCCCAUAUGUACGUUGAUAAUCUAUCCGGAAAAUACAUGUACAUUAAAUUCAACUUUACUCUCAAUAACAUGUUCCAUACAACCAUUGAGGGAGAAAAGUCUGGAAAAACAAAGGAAUUUUCUGUACUGUUGUAUCCAACAGAUCAACAUGUCUAUCUAACCAGCUUCCCAGUCCUUGAUAGAUAUAAGAGUUGGAAAUACAAUUAUACUUAUGCUUGUUCGAUUGCUGAUAAACCAACUGAAUCAAGAGAAAUUUAUGAUGGUGUCUUCUUUGAAACAUUCCAUAUGGGAUUCGGAAGUUUGGUUGUUGCAUUGAAAAACAACAAUGUUUUGCAAAAUUUAAACGGAGAAAAACAUAUUCAGGUUAAGAUUAAUUAUACAACUCUCCAAAACUUGACACCAACAAAGACUUAUGAAGAUUUUGUUGAUUUGUAUGACCUUAGAGUUUUAAACGAAUUGACAAUAGAUAAUAAGAAUGAAAAAACAACUUACAAGUACAAAUACUUUAUCAAAAAACCUGAAAAGACCCUAACUUUGGAAGAAAUAAGCUCAAGUUUAUUAACUCACUACUCUCCUAACUUUUCUCUCUUCUCCUCUCUUUUGGUUGAAAGAAGAGAACUCAUUCCUGGAGUAUUUGGAACAUUGGAAUUGACUAAGAGUGGUAGUGCAGUGCUUAGUUUUGAAAAUAACAACAAGACAGCUGUCAUUAUUACAGAUGUGGUAGUAAAGGGAGGUGAGAUUUCAUACGUGGAUGCAAACCUCAGCGGGAGAGAUCCAAAUAGUCCCCAAUUAAUUGUUUUCCCAAAUGAAACUUGCAAAGAGUUCUUAAAUAUCAAACAUCCAAAGGGAGUGUUCGACAUUUCGUAUGAAUGUAAGGUUUCUGAAGGAAAACUUGUUGAAGAGAAUGAAGUCAAACCGUCUCUCUUUGUCUAUGCUUACUUCUUCAAGACCUUUAAUAGCUUAUUAUUGGCUGUCAAGAAUAAUUGCGAGAAGGCUCAUAUGUGUUAUUUGUUUAUGAAACAAAUGCAAAAUUGUACAAUGGAUACUGAUUAUUCAGAUCAAAACAAAAUGAUGGUCAAACCUUAUCAAACAAAAUUGUAUUCUAGUAUUUUCUUGACCGAUGUAACAAAACCAUUCGUUUACUCAUAUGCCUAUCAAGUCAGUAGAGUUGCAGAUGAAAAUGAUCCAAAUCAAGGCAAUAAGCAAACAAUUUUGGCUAGUUCAGAUUCAAAUGAUGUAAAAUCCCCUGAACUUCAGGCACAAGCUAAUAUUGAAAGAGAAUUGGAAUUAAGUGCAACCUUGACGGGUAUUGAAUAUAUGUCUGUUGUCAGUGACCUUGUAAAGACUAAAAUUGAAUCAGGUGAAGUGUUUGUUGAUCCUGACUUCCCUGCAGAGACAGAUGUAUCUGUUUAUGAAUCAAGCUUCUCUGGAAAGAGAAUUGAAGAUAUCAAAUGGUCCAGAGCUUCUGAAAUUCUUGGGCAUAAUUACGAAAUUUUCUGUGAUGGUAUUUCUGCAGAUGACAUAAAACAAGGUUGUUUGGGUGACUGCUGGAUGCUGUCUGCAGUUGCUGCUAUUGCUGCACAACCAUACUUAAUUGAAAGAUUAUUUUCCACUCGUUCAGUUAACAAGGCUGGUAUUUAUGAAUUGAAUAUUUGCACUGGAGGUGAAUGGACAAGAGUAGUCGUUGAUGAUUUAUUCCCUACAGAUCAGUAUAAUAAUUCUCUAUUUGCUCACAAUCAUUCUGCCGAAUUGUGGGUCAUGUUGUUAGAAAAGGGUAAGUAA